AUGUCUGGUCGUCAAGGUGGUAAACUAAAACCUCUGAAACAAAAGAAGAAACAGAACCAGGAUUUAGAUCCAGAAGACAUUGCCUUCAAACAAAAACAAAAAGCCGACGCCGCAGCCAAGAAGGCCAUGAUGGCCAACAUCAAAGCUGGUAAACCUCUGGUUGGUGGUGGUAUCAAGAAAUCUGGUAAGAAAUAUAACACAACAUCUCAAACAAGAAAAAACAAUAAGUCGCUAAGUAAAUAUAAAAUUGUCUUUCUGGGUGAACAAGGUGUAGGCAAGACUUCCCUUAUCACACGGUUCAUGUACGACACAUUUGACGAUCACUACCAGGCCACCAUAGGGAUAGAUUUCCUAUCGAAGACUAUGUACCUGGACGACAAGACUAUAAGGUUGCAACUAUGGGAUACAGCAGGGCAGGAACGGUUUCGAUCCUUGAUUCCCUCCUAUAUAAGGGAUUCGAGAGUAGCCAUUGUGGUCUAUGAUAUUACAAAAAAAAAAUCUUUUGAAUUCAUUGAUAAAUGGAUCGAAGACGUUAGAAACGAACGUGGGGAAGAUAAUGUCAUUCUUUGUGUAGUAGGUAAUAAAAGCGAUUUAAGUGAUGAGAGGCAGGUGUCCACUGAAGAAGGUGAAAAGAAAGCAGAAUUGUUAGGCGCCAAUAUCUUCAUGGAAACAUCAACAAAAGUCGGGUACAACGUCAAAAAUCUAUUCAAAAAAAUCGCUAAAUCCUUACCAGAAUUCCAAGAUGAUAACAACAAUAACAGCAAUAACAACGGCAACAACAAUAAUGAUAGUAACAACGAUGCUAUUUUAGAUGAAUCAUUAUCCAAUACUCAUGAUAAAAGUACAGGAAUUAUUGAUAUAUCUACAUCUCAAAAUGAAAAUAUAGACCAGAAUGGUUCCUGUCAAUGUUAA